CACGCGCAUCCCCUCUCGGUGCUCGUCCCAAUCCAACAGUGCUCUCGCUGUGCCCCUUGCUCGCUCCGAUCCUGCGCGCCACCCAAGAACGCGCGCACAAACAAAAAGGCUGGUCCCGUAGCGUCAGUGCGUCACGACCUGUCCAUGGUCAUAGCCUGCCUUCGCGAGCUCUGCUCCAGCUGCUGCCCCUGGUACGAGCCCACCAGCCCAAAGACGUCGACGAUGGCACCCACCGCCGCCGCUGCCGCCGGCGACGAGGAGCAAACCGUCACCAUCACGCACCGCACCUUGGAGGUGAGCACCGGCGUGCGCCUGCACGUGGCGGAGGCCGGCCCGGCGGGGGCGCCGACGGUGCUGCUGCUCCACGGUUUCCCGGAGCUGUGGUACACCUGGCGCCACCAGAUGCGCGCGCUGGCCGCCGCGGGCUACCGCGCCGUGGCGCCGGACCUGCGCGGGUACGGCGGCUCCGACGCGCCCGCCGUGGAGGAGCCCGGCCAGUACACGGCGAUGCACGUGGUGGGCGACCUGGUGGCGCUCCUCGACGCCCUCGGGGAGAGGAAGGUGUUCGUCGCCGCGCACGACUGGGGCGCGGUCACGGCGUGGAGCCUCUGCCUGUUCCGCCCCGACCGGGUGCGCGCGCUCGUCGCGCUCAGCGUCGCCUACACGCCCCGGAGCGCCGCGCGGAGGCCCGUCGACGGGCUCAGGGCGAUCUACGGCGACGAAUACUACAUCUGCCGGAUCCAGGAGCCUGGAGCAAUUGAAGCAGAAUUUAAACGUCUUGGCACGGAGCUGGUGCUCAGAAAGUUCUUUAGUUAUCGCACCCCUGGACCGUUGAUCAUCCCCAAGACCGGGUGGGGCUCCCCAGAUGAUCAGGUACUCCUGCCGAGCUGGGUAACUGAGGAGGACCUCAACUACUACACCAGCGAAUUUGAGAGGACUGGCUUCACCGGGGGACUCAACUACUACCGUGCCCUGAAUAGGACAUGGGAGCUCACAUCAUCCUGGACUGCAUCUGAGAUAAAUGUACCAGUCAAGUUCAUCAUUGGCGACUUGGAUUUGACAUAUCAUACCCCUGGUAUACAAGAUUUCAUUCACAAGGGUGGCUUCAAGAAGUUCGUUCCACUUCUUGAUGAUGUUGUCGUUAUGAAAGAUGUUGGGCACUUCAUCAAUGAAGAAAAACCAAAGGAAGUUAGCGAGCACAUUAUCAGCUUCAUAAAGAAAUUCAAUUGAUUCGAGUUGCUUAAUGGUGGUAUCUAAUUGAAAAUUUAGAAUUGAUAUUCAGUUUGUUGUGUCGAGGAUAUAAUGCCAUGUAAAGUGCCUGUUGAAAUUGUGUCGUGUUUCUCUAAGUGGUUGGAUCUGUACAAUUCACGAAGUUUAUCUAAUAAGGAUGUUAGGGUGAUGUUAAAGGAUUAUGAAUAUGAAUAGUCCUUUGCUUUGUCCAUAAUUAUUCUA